UAGAGGAACGGAAAAAUCCGGAGCCGGCUCUCAGCCCCAGCGGACCCACAGCGGGUCGCCUGGGGGGAGGGCUGAGGCCGGUGUGCUGCGGGUUGCUGCCGCCGCCUCCCUAGACGCCGGGGCUGGGCCUUCCCUCGCGCUGCAGACCUCAUUUCGGGGUAGGAUGCUGGGACACCAGAUCAGACGAGGCAUUCAGCAGCUCAUUGCACUCUGCACCAGACAAAUCCAGUAAUGACGUGCUUCUGGGUUCUGUUUCUCCACCCUGCAAUUCAUGCAGUUCUUUUGAGAAACACUGACCCUCUGCUUACUGUCCCACAUGUCCUCAAUGAAGGUCUGAUGGACAAACCAUUUCUUGUGACUUUGUGGGGGUUUUCUUCAUGUGGAAGUCGGAAGACAAAGUGAAAAGGGCCGAACUUUACCAUUUUGGUGAAUAACUUAGUUCUCAGAACAUGGGCCCUCGUUUAAAGGUAGUAAUUGCCAAGACCUUGAGGACUCCCUGAGUGCCAGGCAGUUCUAGACUGGCGAUGCAUGCUGGCACAUCCGAUUCUCACCUCACCCAUCUGCAGCUGUGAUCCUUGGCUGUUGGCAUUGAAGGGACCUGAUGUUUUACGUUAUUGGUGGAAUCACAGUGUCUGUGGUUGCGUUCUUCUUCACAAUUAAGUUUUUCUUUGAGCUUGCCGCACGCGUAGUCAGCUUCCUUCAGAAUGAGGACCGUGAGCGCCGAGGGGACCGGACUAUUUAUGACUACAUGCGGGGAAAUUACUUGGAUCCCCGGUCCUGCAAAGUCUCGUGGGAUUGGAAGGACCCCUAUGAGGUGGGCCACAGCAUGGCCUUCCGAGUGCAUUUAUUCUAUAAGAACGGGCAACCUUUCCCUGCACACCGGCCUGUGGGACUGAGAGUUCACAUCUCCCAUGUUGAGCUAGCAGUGGAAAUUCCUGUGACCCAGGAGGUCCUGCAGGGGCCCAACUCCAAUGUGGUGAAGGUGGCCUUCACUGUGCGCAGGGCUGGGCGCUAUGAGAUCACAGUGAAGCUGGGGGGACUGAACGUGGCCUACAGUCCCUACUACAAGAUUUUUCAGCCUGGAAUGGUGGUUCCUUCCAAGACCAAAAUUGUGUGCCACUUUUCUACUCUUGUAUUAACCUGUGGGCAGCCACACACCCUUCAAAUAGUGCCCCGAGAUGAGUAUGAUAAUCCUACCAACAAUUCCGCAUCCUUGCAAGAUGAGCACAAUUACUGUUUGUCCAUCCAUGAGCUAGGCCCUCAAGAAGAAGAGAGUACUGGAGUUUCAUUUGAGAAGUCAGUGACAUCCAACAGGCAGACCUGCCAGGUGUUCUUGCGACUUACCCUGCACUCUCGGGGUUGCUUCCAUGCCUGCAUUUCAUACCAAAAUCAGCCAAUCAGUAAUGGAGAAUUUGAUAUUAUUGUCCUAAGUGAGAAUGAGAGAAAUACCGUCGAACGCAAUGUGUCCACCUCAGGAGUGAGUAUUUACUUUGAGGCUUAUCUUCAUAACGCUGCCAGCUGUCCCAGCACACCUUGGCACCUGCCACCCGUGCACGUGAGCUCUUCACAGCGCCGGCCCUCCACUGCUGCGGAGGAAGAAGAGGAGGACUCACCCUCUGAGGGCCAUACGCCUGAGAAAGUGAAGAAGCCAAAGAAGGUGUACUGCUAUGUGUCACCAAAGCAAUUCUCAGUGAAGGAGUUCUACUUGAAAAUCAUUCCCUGGCGCCUUUACACUUUCCGAGUGUGCCCAGGAACAAAAUUUUCGUACCUUGGCCCUGACCCUGUUCAUAAACUCCUCACCCUGGUGGUCGAUGAUGGCAUUCAACCUCCUGUGGAACUUAGCUGCAAGGAAAGGAACAUUCUUGCAGCCACUUUCAUCCGCUCCCUACAUAAGAACAUUGGAGGUUCCGAGACCUUUCAGGACAAGGUGAACUUUUUCCAGAGAGAGCUUCGGCAGGUACAUAUGAAGAGACCACAUUCUAAAGUCACCCUGAAGGUCAGCAGACAUGCCUUAUUGGAAUCGUCUCUGAAGGCCACUCGAAAUUUCUCUAUUUCCGAUUGGAGCAAGAACUUUGAGGUGGUUUUUCAAGACGAGGAAGCUCUGGACUGGGGAGGGCCUCGCCGGGAGUGGUUUGAGCUCAUCGGCAAAGCACUAUUUGAUACCACCAGUCAGCUGUUCACCCGAUUCAGCGACAACAACCAAGCAUUAGUGCAUCCCAACCCUAACCGCCCAGCCCAUCUGCGCCUCAAGAUGUAUGAGUUUGCCGGGCGGCUGGUAGGCAAGUGUCUGUAUGAGUCCUCUCUGGGUGGAGCCUACAAGCAGCUGGUCCGAGCUCGUUUCACCCGUUCUUUCCUGGCCCAGAUCAUAGGACUACGAAUGCACUACAAGUACUUUGAAACAGAUGAUCCUGAAUUCUACAAAUCUAAAGUUUGUUUUAUCCUCAACAAUGACAUGAGUGAGAUGGAGCUGGUCUUUGCAGAAGAGAAAUAUAACAAAUCAGGUCAACUGGAUAAGGUUGUAGAACUCAUGACAGGAGGAGCUCAAAUCCCAGUCACCAAUGCAAAUAAAAUCUUCUACUUAAACUUGUUGGCCCAGUACCGGCUGGCCAGUCAAGUAAAGGAGGAGGUGGAGCAUUUCCUAAAAGGCUUGAAUGAGUUGGUCCCUGAGAACCUUUUGGCUAUUUUUGAUGAGAAUGAACUCGAGUUGCUGAUGUGCGGAACUGGAGAUAUCAGUGUGUCUGACUUUAAAGCCCAUGCGGUGGUGGUUGGUGGUUCGUGGCAUUUCAGAGAAAAAGUUAUGAGGUGGUUUUGGACUGUGGUUUCCAGUCUAACCCAAGAGGAGCUGGCUCGGCUGCUUCAGUUCACAACAGGUUCUUCUCAACUACCGCCUGGAGGCUUUGCUGCCCUCUGCCCCUCAUUUCAGAUUAUCGCGGCUCCAACCCAUAGCACGCUGCCCACUGCACACACGUGUUUUAACCAGCUGUGCCUCCCCACAUAUGACUCCUAUGAAGAAGUGCACAGGAUGCUGCAGCUGGCCAUCAGUGAGGGUUGUGAGGGCUUUGGUAUGCUCUGACCGCGCUCCUGCUGUCUUCUUAGCGCCGUGUUCUCUGCAGCAUCUGGGCGCGUGUUACAGGCAUAAACUGACCCUAAUGUGCACAGCCAUCAGCCAGAAGAUGCUGCAUGCUUCCCUCUGUCUGGAUUCCUUUGUCACCUACGGGCCUUGUCCUUGCCUUACCCCUCCCUGCCCACAGGCAGCACAGGCCCCUUUGUCAUGGUACCUAAACUGAGCUCUCUGGUUGGUCACGAGAAGACCGUACUGCUGUCUUACGAUUUGGUUCUUUGAAGAGUUCCUCAGUGGCUGCAGGUAACAUGUGGCUUAGCCUAUUGGGAAGUGCACGUGCAGAGAGCCUUGAGUCAUGGCUGGCUCCCGGUGCCGAUGCUCCUGAAGGUGCCCGCUUGGCCCCCCGCUGGACCAGAUGGAUGUAGGAGUCCCUGUGCUGAGCAGGUGAUUGCUUAUUUCCGUGAGCAGCCAAGACAAGCACGGAGAGAAACUGGGCCACAUGAGCAGUCUUUGAUUUUGUCCUCCCACACAACGCAGACACAGGCUGUGGCAUGGCAUUACCUCUCUGAGGACUGACUGUACAGAAGUUUUUUGUUUUUUGGUUUUUUUUUUUGUGGUGUCAGAACUGGAAAACACACUUUCCCUGCAGACAAUUCUGCAAGUGGCCAUUAAUGCAUAAAGAACUUUCUGGCUUUGUCUUAAAUAUGAGCCUUUGAGAAAAGCAGUCGGACUAAAGAUGUGAAGGGUGGGUAGGCCAGAGCCUGCAGGGCUCGGUGUGACUCUGCUUUGGGUUGAGAGGUUUGUCCCAGCACAUGGCUGGCUUGAGACUACUGAUGCUUUCCCCGAGUUCAUUACUUGUACCGCCUGCCCGCGGUGUUACAGUCCGUUAAGAUCUGGGGAGUCCUUAGCAUUGUGCUGAAGGAAGUUGGCAGCGGAAGACUGGGGAAUUAAGAAUAACAGUUCCUUAUCCCUUUGCUUGGUGUUCCCUGGUAGCACUGAGCAGGACAGAAAUGACCACAGGUCCCUGGUCUGGCCCGCUGGGGAAAGAGUGCAGGUGUGUUAGACAGCAGCUACCUGUCAUCCCAGGUCCUUCCCUUACUCCAUCAGUUCCCAGGAAGGGGAGCAGCACAGAGGGAAGAAGCCGCGGCUGGGCGUGCUCACCACUGAGCAGAGAUGGAAGAGAAGCUGCCACCAUCACUUGGAAGAGGACGUCACAUCAACUUCCCCAAUUUCUGUUUUUCAGACGGCUCUGCUAUAAGCUACAAGUCCCAAUGGGACAUUCAGCUCCGAGACUAUUAUAAGCCAUCUUUAUUGCCAAAACCAGCAAGUACACGGUCCUGAUACAAGCAGGACUUUUGGCCAUGCCUUGGUCUCCCAGAAGCAUGUCUGAGCCCUCCCUGUUCUCAGGGAUUCUGAGGAGCAAGCCCUCCUGAGCUGCUACAGUUCCUGCCUGACCUCACUUCUUUGCAAUUAUCAUCUGUCCUCUUGGCAUGGGUGCUGACCUCACUCGUCUCUGGGGUCUGGAUCCAGCGUCAGGGCCUCCACACCCCAGGGUCCUCCAUGCCACAUGGUCACUGAGCUCCUCAGGGACAGGACAAGGUGCUGCUGCUUACCUACAUUUUCCCCCUUGGGAUCUCUAUGGGAAAGUUUGAUCACUGUCCUGUCACCCUCAGGCCCAGGUAGGGGGUCCCGGGGGUGCAGGUGGGCUAGUUCUGCUACUUUGGGUGGUUGGUUUUCUUAGGUUCUUCAUUGCCACUUUCUCCCAGACAGCCCUACUGAGACUGCUGCUUGAGAUCACGUUGAUUUUCUUGGCUCCAGUCAGCACCUUUUCAGCAUGUCCUUGGCACCACUGUACCCUAGCUAGGGCAGCUGCGUCCCUAAGGUGGUCUCGUAGGUACCAGAGACUAUAUAGCAGAACCCUUUGGUAAGCUGGACAUGAUGACACAUGCUGGGAAUCCUUGUACUCUGCGAGCUGAGGCAGGAGGAUCAUAGGUUUGAGCCCAGCCUGGGCAACUUAAUUAGACCCUUCAGACCCUGUC